AUGUCACGUAUAAGACCCCAAUGGCAGUUACAAGCUCUUGCUGCUCAGAAACGUGAUAAUGAAAUAAGACGAGCUGAAGAAGUGAAGAAAGUUGCCAAUUAUUUUGAAAUUAACACAAAUAAAUCCAGACAUCACGAACAGUGGACCACAGAAGGAUAUUAUGAACGAGCUAAAAAAGAGUCUGAAUUACUUAGUGAAAAAAAAAUUAAAGCUGCACAAUUGGAGGAGAGACGGAAAAAGCUAGAGAACCUGUUGUUUCAAGAGAACAUACAAUACCAGCAGGAGAUCAAAGUAUUGGCAGCACAACCUAAAUACUAUAAAAAUGGGUCAUACCUAAAUGAUGUACCGACAUCAACUCUGCGAGAUAUCAAUCAAGGUAUUAUGGCCAAAGAGGAACAGAUGAGGAAACAGGAAGCUGAAUUAAAACUUUAUCAUGCUUGGAGGUUAAGGCAGCCGGAGAUCAGGGCCGCCACAACAUAUGUCAAUGGCACCAAAUUAAAAUCUGCCUGGAUGGAACAAAUAGUUGAGAAAGAGUUGCAGAAGAAAAAGGAAGAAGAGGAAACACGAAAACUCCUGCAAGAAAGGGAUGAAGCUCUAAGGAAACAAAUAGAGAUUGAGCAAGAGAGAUUGAAAACAAAAGAAAUACAAAUGAAGGAUCUCAGGAAUAGCUUACAGGAUCAAAUAGCCGAAUUAAGUGAGAAAGAAAGUGCAGUUAAAGUGCUCAGAAAACAAGAAGAGAGGGAAAGACAAAUAUUAGAAGAAUUACAAUUUAUAGCAAAUGAAAGAGAAAAAGAAUUUGCAAGGCUAAUGGCUGAAAGGGAUGUCCAUAUUAUUAAUAUGGGCCUACAUAAAUAUAAACUUAAACGGAAAGUAGUUGCUGUUAUGGCAGAAAUAGAUCUGGAAUUGCAAAUGUUAGAUAGAAUUAGAAAAAGUGUACUAAAGGAUUAUGAAGCAGAUCGUGAAAAAUGCGCGAAAUAUAAAAGCAUUUUGGAUGCGGCGUUGCAAGAGUUAGAAGAGUACAGAGAGAGGGAAAGACAGAGACAAAAGAACAUCGAGGCCAUGUAUGACGGUGAGGCGAGGCAGAUAAAUGAAAAGCAAGAUAAGCUUUGGGAAAAAGAACGUGAAGCUCGCAGUCUUCUGAUGAGGACAGUUGUGGAAACAUUGAAAAAACAAUUAAAUGAAAAGAUACAGUACAAUAUUAAGCUACAGAAAGAGAAUGUUCUAGAACGUGAGAAGAUUCUAGAACAGAUGGACAGCUUCCAUCAGGAAGUAUGCUCUAAAGAGAAAGAAAAACAGCUCAAAAAUAUUACCACAUCCACAAUACAAACACUUCAAGCUCAGCUUAAUAGCCUCCGGCUUCAACAGUCACAGCUCGAGGAUUCAUUACAGAGGGAGGAGGAAUUACGAGCUGAGGCUUUAAGGGAGAAAUUGGUUCGAGCUGAGAUAGCAAGGGUGCAGAGAGAGGGCAGUACAAAGGCCUGGGCUUAA